AUGGGGGGCAGAGCCUAUACCUCCUACAUCGACUCCAUCAAGGAACCCCGACAGCCCUUUCAGAUGAGGCUUGCACAUCCUCCCACCUCAUCUACUGUGAGACGGCUGAAGGUGGCAAACUGUAGCCAAUACAGUUCGUGUGAACGUUGUUUGUCGGCACAGGACCCGUACUGUGGAUGGUGUGUGAACGAGGAAAGGUGCUCCUUUAACAGUGAAUGCCAAAAAACAAUUUGGAUAAAGUUCACAGGACAAGCUGACAGUUGUCCAAAAGUUGCCUUUCAACCUUUGGCAAUUGCUGAUACUUUGGACAAGGCACAGCAUUUUAAAGUGAUAUUAAAAGGGAAUCUUGCCAAUGUAAACAGACAAAAGGGAGAGUGUAUGAUGAGGAACACCAAGACGAAUGAGAUUAUUUGCCAUGCCAAUUACAGCACUUAUUGCCUCUGCCGUCUGUCCAGCAAGACCUACCUUCAGCUCAGCAAUCAGAUAGACCCAUUCGUAGAGGCAUCUUUUCAAUUAACAUCCCUGAACAUCACCACCAAGCUGCAUAAUUGUUUUAACAGUCAUGCCUCCCGCGGUAACAGUCCGUAA